AUGGAAAGACCACCAAGAACAUGGAAUAUACCUCCCGGUCGAGUCUCACAACGUAUCCAAGCUUUCCAAGACGAUUCCAAGAGCUCGCCUGCUAGAGCAAAGGAUUCUCCUAAGCCGCCAACCACCUUUCACCCAAGUCCUCCGGUCCCACAGAGCCCUAUGAUCCAGCCAAAAAUAGAAGAACUGCCAGAGAUUGUUGAGCUUGCUACACAACCUCCAAACGAAGAGCACGAGAUCGAGCCAGCAACGAACCUUGAGCAUGAGCUACGAGACAGAGGACAUCCAGCACAAAGGUCGUCUCCCAUCCCUGAGCCCGAAAAUUUGGAAGAAGUGGAUGAAGUGCUAGAAGAUGUCCGUGCGAGACUUUUCUCCGUGCAAAAGAUUGUCAGACGAGAGCAGAGCAGCAGCUCGCAAGUAAGAGACGAAUUGAUGGACGAGCUCGGUACCAUGCUUGACAAUGCUAUUGCCACAACCAUGUCACCUCUACAGAUACCACAUCCCCUGACCAGGAGCUCAAGCUCCAGACGACCACCUCCUAUGCAACCAGAAUCGGAUUCAGCUCAGCCUGUUCGCAGUCAGAGUGUGAAGGUCGCUGGAUUGGCCCGAAGUCAAGACCGAACAACUGUACCAAGCUCAGCAAAAUCAUCAUCCAAUUCUCAUACUGAGUCGCCUGUCAAGUUGCGUGGCCUAACGCCGGCAAAACCCCGUCAGUUGUUUGGUGAUUGUCUCGAAAAAGGCAAGCUUCACCAGGCUUCUGAGUCGAUAGCUGUCGCUCCUCGGCAUACUGGUUUCCCUCUUUCAAGUCCUGUCCGAGAACGAGCUUUGCUGUAG